AUUAUCAACAACCAAACAGAGCGCAUUGAGGUCCUUCACUUCUAAAAGCUCUCUCUCAUGUUUUCGCUCUAAAUCAAUGGCUUAUUCUUGUCUCCCCUCACUGUUUUCAGUGAAAUCAGUCUCAUGGGACACCCAUCAGAGACUUCCUUACAACCCACAUCGCACCCCCACACCCAAGAAACCCAACAAAACCCCCAACACUCACACUCUAACCACCACAUCUACUACUAGCUCCAUCGUAGAGUCCUCAAUUUCAACCCUUCUCAGCCGCAACAGUCAAACCCCUUUUCAAGAGAAAUUGGAGGAAACUUAUUUGGGUUAUGAGAGAUGGUUGCCGAGUCCUCCGAAAGUGGAGAAGCCUCGCUCGAUAUACAAUGCGGCAUCACUAGCCUAUAUUGGAGAUUGCAUAUACGAGCUAUAUGCUAGGAGACACUUCUUGUUUCCACCACUGAAUAUUGAAGAAUAUAAUGACCGUGUAAUGGCAGUAGUACGUUGUGAGGCACAGGAUGCAAUGCUUCAGAAACUUCUUAAUGAAAAUUGCUUGACACAAGAAGAAAGGGAUGUUCUUCGGUGGGGAAAAAAUAUUGGUUCAGCUAAAACACGGACCAAAAAGCGUGCUGGUGUAGCAGUUUACAACAGAGCGUCUUCGCUAGAAACACUGAUUGGUUAUCUCUACCUGACAAAUGUGAAACGUUUGGAAGAGAUCAUGCUAAAGUUGGGUUUCUCAUGUGAUGCUUCACCCAAAUUGACCUUGGAGCAAGCCAAUGGCCUACAAUAAUGAUUCUCGAUGAAGACAGGGAUUUGAACUCCGGCUUAUUUUAUGAACUGAUGAGCUUGAUUUUCAGUGUCAGUUACAGGAAGAAGCCAUUGAUAAAAACAUCAAAGGUCCAUUUUGUACAGAAAUAAUUCUUCGAAAGGGUGUAGUAUAAUUACUGGAAAAUAGUUGUCUUUUGGUAGUUUACAUUCUUUAGCAUUCUCCCAACCUUCAUUUUCCACAAAAUUGCAUUCACAAAACUUUAUGGUAAGACUUGGGUGAAAUGGUAGCUACCUUUAUGCAUCCUCAAUUAUACUCGACUUGGUUUUGCUUCA